AUGCCCAGUUCAUUGCAUAGGUUUGUCAGAUAUUACAAUCGUAACUUCGAUAAACGACCUAUACCAACGUUAAUCGUCACCAAUGGGAUAUUAAGCACUGUGGCGGAUGUUCUUACCGCAAAACCUCCACCUGGAACACCCGGACCGAGUUAUGAUUUCGAACGUACAUUACGAUUCAGCGUGUAUGGAAUGGCCAUGGGUCCUAUCAUCGGAAGAUGGUUGAGGUUGUUAGAGAGACAAUUACCAGUCAGACAAGGGACGAAAGGGAAUGGAUUACAAUUUGCCAAAAGAGUAUUUGCCGAUCAGGCCAUCAUGGCACCUAUAGGGUUGAUUCUAUUCGUAGGAUCUAUGGGUCUAAUGGAAGGUCGUGAUCUUACAGGAGUGGGAGACAAGUUUCAAGAAAUGUAUUGGCCCGCUUUAAUGGCAAAUUGGAAAGUAUGGCCUUUACUUCAAACCAUCAAUUUCACAGCUGUACCAUUACCUUAUCGUGUCCCAUUUCAAUCCACUUGUGGAAUAGCUUGGACUUUGUAUCUAUCAUUAUUGAACGUAAAGUAG